GACAUUCACUCAACUGAUGGGUAAUGGGUUGUUGUCAUCUUCUGGCAAUGAACAUACAUCUCAGAGAAAACUGAUCAAUCCAGCUUUCAAUCAUACAAGCAUUAAAGGAAUGCUGGGGUAUUUUCAGAAAUAUAGUAAAGAAUUACGACACUAUUGGCAAGAUUACAUUAACAAGAAUCGUACUGAAGAUGUUGGUGAAGUGGUGUGUGGUGUUCAAGUAGACCUUGGAAGAGCUACCCUGGAUGUUAUCGGAGAAACUGCAUUUGGAUAUAAAUUUAAUGCAAUAUUGGAACCUAAUAAAGAAAUCACCAAGACAUUUAGUGCUAUACUCCAAGGGGCAUUAACAGGAUCAAGCUGGAAACGAUUAAUUCCAUUUUAUCAACAUUUGCCAACUAAAGAGAACCAGGCUAUUAAAAAAGCAAUCGGUUUAGUCAAGAAGACAGUAUUAGAAGUGAUAGAACAUAGGAGAAAUGAAAUCAAAGAUGGCAAAA